AUGUACUCAAAUAUACUUCUAUUCCUAAGCACAAUCUCCUGCCUUCUCCCCACCAUCACCGCCCAAACCUUCCCCCAGAUAGACCUGGGCUAUGCUAAUCACACCCCAACCUUCAUCAACACCACCGAAUCUGGCACCAAAAUCGGUCUAUACAACAACAUCCGCUUCGCGCAGCCACCCACCGGAGCCCACCGCUUCCGUAAACCAGUCACUCCACCAUCCCACGAAGACGGCAUCCAGGAUGGUCGAGAUCGACUCACAACAAGUGAUUGUGUCAGCAGUGUGAAUUCGCAAGCUCCCUUUCCGGGAAUUAACGGGACCACCUGGGGGCAGGAGGACUGUCUUUUCCUGAAUGUGUGGGUGCCGGAGGGUGUGCGUGAGGGGGACAAUGUACCGGUUCUACACUGGCUGCACGGGAGUGCGUUCGCAUUUGGAAGUAAGGAUUUGUUCGGCGAUGGGUUUGGUCUGAUGGAUUUAAUUAAAGGGGUGCAGAAUCGAUUCAUCUUUGUAGCGAGUAAUUAUCGGAUGGGGGUGUAUGGGUGGGUAUCCUCUGCGCAUGAAGAUAUGGAUGCCAAUGUGGGGUUGCAUGAUGGCAUUGCUGCGUUGGAGUGGACGAAGAAGUAUGUCUCUCGGUUCGGUGGUGAUCCUGACAAUAUCACUGUCGGGGGACAGAGCGCCGGAGCUGCGAUGAUUGCUAUGAUGCUCGUAGGAAAUGGUGGGAACGGUACACUUCCUUUCCAGAAGGCAUUUCUGUCAUCCCCUGCUCUCAUGCCGAGAAGGAACGUAACAGAGCGUCGCCAGGAGGUCUAUGACCAAGCACUCCAAGCUGCGAACUGCUCGUCGCUCACCUGUCUUAGGAAUGCAACACCAUCCGCAUUGGCCGCCACGAAUAAAAAAGUCCUUGACCUCCCCGGUGGCUCGGGGGGAGGCACCUUUGGUCCAGGGAUUGGUAUCGGUCCGUUCCCCGACGGGAAAUACCUUCUUGAUGCAGUUCCCAUCAUGCUCCAACAAGGUCAUUACCACAAGAAUGUUCAAGCGGUAAUGUCUGGAAACAUGGCAGCGGAAGGAUUUGGGAUGACUUCAGAAGUCAGCACGUACGAAGACUUUGCCACAUUGGUCCGACGCCUAGUUCCAGGAGCAAGUAAUUCUACCGUUCAGCGCAUCCGAAACAUGUAUCCCUACCCAGAUUCGCAGCUACAACAGGUUGCGAACACUUGGACGACUGAUGUAGUUUUCGCCUGCAAUGCGAGAGCCGUGGCAAAGGCUUAUGGGAACAGAACCCAACGGUAUUUGUUUUCGGUGCCGCCGGCUACUCAUGGAUUGGAUUUGACCUACUAUUUCUACAGAGAGGGAGCUGGAUUGCCUGUGGAGAACGUUUCUCUUGCCAGGCAAUUUGAGUCAGAGGUCCUUAAGUUUACCGCAGGAAAUCCAAAGCAGGAUAAUAGGACAGAUGUCUGGCCUUUGUAUGCCCCAGGGGCCAAGAUGGUCAAUGUCACACUUGAUGGAAUUGAACAGAGCGUUGACCCUUGGGCCAAGAAGCCUAACUGUGAAAUGAUCUUGAAGACUGUCAUGGAUAAGAGAAACGGGGCAUGA